GGAGCAGCCAGCAGGCUUAGGUUUCAUUGCCACUCCCCUCUGUUCUAACACAGUCACAGUCCAAGGAAGGCACCUACGUCUAACUGUGUGCUUUUAGCCGUCAUCACUGCAGGAUCUUCCCCAGAUCGGACACAUGGACCCACUGGCUGACCUCUGACCUAAGGAACAGUCCCGCUGUGAUUUGUGUGUUUGCCAGUGACAGCGAUUCUAACUUUUACAAACUGGAUCUAUGCUAUCAUCAAGUGAGGCAAUGACCAACGUGUACAGAGUCUAUGUAGGAAUAGCAACAGUUCUGGCCUUAUGCAAAUACUCCCUGGCAGGAUGGAAUGUCACCGAGGAGUCUGCCAAAGGAACUGUGUCCCCCUGUCAUCGCCAUGGCAACCCAGACAACUGCACAGACACAAUAGAGACAGGGAAUGGCCACUUCUCAGUAUGUCCAAAGGAGCUGAAACAUUAUUGCAUCCAUGGUGCGUGUCGUUACAUUCAACAACAGAAAGCACCUUCUUGCAGGUGCGAGCGCGGUUAUGUUGGUUCCAGAUGUGAAUAUGUGGACUUGGACUGGCAAAUAGGGGACAAAAAACACAUCAUCAUUGCCUGUGUGGUGGCAUUCCUGGUUGCCCUCAUUCUUAUCAUUGUCCUCAUCUGCAUGUGUUCACAUCGUAGGUAUGCACGGUGCAAACGGAGGAGAAGACAGAGGCAGGAGCCGGUGAAUGGUACAGAGAAGGGGAGCAUGAUGGACACCAGAGAGAUGCACAGAACGUUAUCAGAGCCGUCAGAGGUGCUGCACACGGAUGCUGUAUGAGACUUGUGCCGAGGCUCCUCCACUUGCAUGAAGGAUAACACUGAUGAAGGAAUUUGUUGUUUGUGUGACAGCUGCCGCCUGUUUCUAGACCUCUCAAUGCUGGAUAGGAGUGAGACAAGGACUGUCUGCCCCCCCACCACCACCCCUUUGUGAAACUUCAAAGAAAAUUCAAAACAAAGAUGCCUUUUGGGAUUAAUAAUAAACACAAGGUGAUCAGAUUUCAGUGUGCUGAAGUUGGCAAGGACGUCAGCUUCUACUGAGGAACAAAGGGACCUUCUGGCACUUUCACAGCUGCUGCAGACGGUGCAGCACUAAAUGGAUCGUUAAUGUGUUGGAAAAAGCUGCGUGGCACUGUGAUGGUGACGUGUGAUCAUGUUAUCACAUCCGGACUCUGCGCUGUCUACUGAAGCUUCUCUUUGGAACGCAUCUAUCUCAUAGAUGCACCACACCACGAUGUGGAAAAUAUGCACUAACAUCAAUCCAUACAGAUUUAUUAUGCUAUAUUUAUAUUUGUUACCUCUGUUGAAGGAGGUCAUGUUUGCACCACCGUUUGUUUGGUUGCUCCUAGGAUAUCUCUGAAAAACACAUGCGUUCAUUUUCAACAGAUUUGGUAGAGAGGUGAUGCACGGAAGGCAUGUAUUCUAUUUUGUUCUGGACCCAAAGUGAUUUGAUUUUGAGCAAAAUCACUUAAAAGUCAAGCUCACAGGCCAAGGUCAAACUUUGGGCCCAAUGAUUACACAUAGGGGAUAUUUAGAAUGGCUAUUCUGAGUAACUGCAUAAAGAUAUAGUUACUGUGAAACACUAAUAUGAAGUCGUAUAUCACAUUUUUAUUGGCCACAUGGCCUUUGGUCUUGGGUGACCUUGAAAGGUCAAACUCAAGGUCACACCUGUUUAAUUCAGAAGGUUUGGUGCCAAUAAGGAUUAAACACAAAGGAAGGGUUCUGUGUUAGUAACAGAGGAUAACGUGGUUUGAUUUUAGUCAGAACUAAUCAAAUGUCAAGACCUCAGAGUCGUAUGUUAUGAUUGUAUCACUGAAUCACAAAGAAUGAAUUUACAGUGUCAUCUGCCCUUUUGUUCUUUUUUGCCACUAGUUUGCAGUUGUUCUUUUCACAGAUUGACAUGAUAUUUUAAAAUCUGCAUUACAAACUGUGCAUCACUUUUCGCUCCGUCCAAUGCAACGUUUCCAUGCUGCAGACUCGUACUGAAUAUUGUUACUCAUCAGCAUUAGCAAUGCAAGAAGAACCGUCGUCUAUGUGCACGGUGGCAGCAGGUCUGGACUUCCGGAUUUCUGGACGACCAACUCUGCGAGGUGGACAAGAUGAACUUGUGCUUGAGGGUUUUUGAUCUGUAUAUUUUGGAGUCGGGCAGCUGGUGUGCUGAACAGCCGAGCCUGUGUGUAUAUGAAAGUGCUCCACUGUCUGAGAUGCUUUCCAGACUGUGGCUUUUUACAAGGUGUGAUGUGUAUCUGUAGGUAUUUUAGCUCCUCAGACUAAAUGGGGAAAUGAAGGGAGUUGAGAUGUCAGUGGAGCCAGUGCUCGCUGCAAAUGUCAUUUUCACUAAAUAGUAUGAACAUACUCAUCUUCUAGAUGAACAAUGAAAUAAAUCAAUCACACAGCCCUCUCAGCCUUGAGGAAGUUGUUAUGAUUUUAUACAUUCAUAAUGUUUGUGCUGCAGAAAUUGUUUUGUGUAAAGAGGUCAAAUUACACAUCUUUUCAGCAAGUUGUUACCAGGAUAUUAACACUAUAUGAUCUACAUUUGUCAGGGAUGUGGUCUGGGUCCUACUCUGUUCAUUAGAUGGACUGGCUGUUGGGUAAACUUGUGGAUUGCACUGACUUGGGUGCCAGUAACUUUGCUUGUGGACUCAAUGGAUAUCCUGAUUGCACCACCUUUGAAACUGUGAGAUGUUAGAGUGUCUGGGUUUGUGAUUGUCUUGGAUUAAGACUAAAAUCCAGGCUUUCAAUAACUUUAGGGACCCAGCCAUCAGAGUUUUAUCUGUUUGUGUUGAACUUGUAAAGAUUCACUGGUCUCAGCAGUGACAUUUACUUCUCGGACCUUGAGCUAGAAAGAAGUGGAUGAUGGUGUUUGGCAAUGCAGGUAUCUUUGCCACAAUACCAAAUAUAAAUAUAUAACGGAAUGCUAAAAUAGCCUCAGCUGUAUAAGCAUUGUCUUCUUUAUAAUUUGCACGUGUUUAAUUGGUAU